UGAACGGACCAUGCGCAGAACUGGCGGGAAGAUGGCGGACAGUGGGAAGAGCAAGACCGCGCCGACAGCUCCAUCCACCGGCAAAGCGCUGAUGGCGGAGCAGGUGGUGGCUGGAUUCAGCUGGCCGCAGGAGCAGUGGAGCCUGACCUCGAAGGUGGCGGAACUGGAGCGGGAGCUGAACGAGCACAGCCUGGUCAUCGACACGUUGCGAGAGGUGGACCCCACUUGCAAGUGUUACUGCAUGGUGGGCGGGGUGCUGUUGGAGCGCACAGUCAAGGAGGUCCUCCCUGCCCUGGAGAGCAACAAAGAGCAGAUCAACAAAAUCAAGACCCUGACCGAGCAGCUGCAGGUGAAGGGCCAGGAGCUGAACGAGUUCUGGGAGAAGCACAACAUCCAUGUGAUGGGGGAAGAAGACCAGAAACCACUGCCCAAGGAGAGCUCCGAUGGGGCGGGAGCCAAGACCAGCUCUGCUGGGGUCCUGGUCUCCUAGUAGGGAGACCACUGUGUCCAGGCCCCUUCCCAAUGGACUUUCUGCAUCCCUCCCCCUCCCUGACCCCUGAGGCUUAACUUUAUUAUUUGGAGUCGCUCUUGUAAUUUUUUUUUGGUUAAAUAAACAUUUUUCUGUCAAAAAAAAAA